AUGAUGAUGGCGAUUGUACCCGUCCUGGCCUCGAGGACGGGGGAUGCAGAUUCGAUACCCAGGAUCUGGCACUGUACCUGGAGGGAUAAGGAAAUGUUUGAAGCGGGGAUGCUCAGAGGGGUCCUGCGAUUGGCCAAACGUAAGGCUGAGCAGCCCAAUGACAAUCGACAAGCCUCAAGUUGGCGAAUCAUGAUGAGCAGUCGUGCUCCGGGCUCUUCGACAAUGGAUGCGGCACCGGGCGACAAUGAUUAUUUGCGUCCAUCCUCCGACUUCCGAGAAGCCGGGCUGGUAACCGCAAUAUUUUGA